AUGUGGUUAUGUUUUCGAUUACAAGAACGUAGAUGUGAGGCCAAAACAUUGCUGCAUUCAAGGAGACUGUUCCAACAAUUCUUGGUUGAUGGGUACACCAUGAUGGAGUCGGAACGCCUUAAUUGGAUAAGGAAGAAUCAGUCCAAACUACGAGUUGGAAAAUACCAAAAGCUUACUGAACAACAUCAACCUGGACAAUCUACUCAGCAUGUCAAAAGAGGGAAACGAGUUGUCUUACCUUCCUCUUAUGUUGGUAGCAAGAGAUACAUGGAUCAACUAUAUUUUGAUGGUAUGGCGAUUUCCAGUGCUCUUGGAUUUCCAGACUUAUUUAUUACUUUUACAUGCAAUCCUAACUGGCCGGAAAUUACCCGAGGGCUGAUGAAAUCUAAUUUAAAGCCACAUGAUCGACCGGAUAUCAUUUCCAAGAGCAAGUAUCCUUCUCCGUCUGACAUUGACAACAUCAUAUCUGCUGAAAUUCCUGAUCCACUUCUUCAUCCAAGAUUGUAUCACUUAGUAAAGACACACAUGAUGCACGGUCCUUGUGGUCUGGCACGACAAAACUCCCCGUCCAUGAAAAAUGGUAAAUGCUCUAAGUUUUUCACCAAAAAGUUCAACGAAGAAACCAUUGUUGAUAACGAAGGCUAUCCUCUCUACAAGCGAAGUGCCAAAACACACUAUAUUAUUAAUAAUGGUAUAUCCUUGGACAAUAGAUAUGUCGUUCCUUAUAACACAAGGUUGAUUUUAAAAUACCAAGCUCACAUUAAUAUGGAGUGGUGUAACCAAAGUACUUCCAUCAAGUACCUGUUCAAGUAUAUUAACAAAGGGUACGACAGAAUUACGGCGUCUGUAGUUCCUUCAAAGAUAUCUUCAAAAGAACAUGAAACAAUAGACGAAAUCAAAGAGUACCUUGACUGUAGGUAUGUAUCCCCGUGUGAGGCAUGUUGGCGGUUAUUUUCAUAUAAAAUCCAUGGACGAAAACCAGCUGUAGAACGUAUGUUUUACCAUCUUAUUCGUGAAAAUGCAGUUUACUAUCAGGAUUUUGAGAGGAUGGAGAAUGUUUUGGAAAAACCAAGUGUAACCGAAUCAAUGUUCACCUCAUGGUUGACGGCAAAUGGACAGUUUGAAGAGGCCAAAAAUCUGACUUAUGCACAGUUUGUCUCCAAAUUUGUCUAUGUUAAGAGGACCAGAGCGUGGAAACCACGUAAGAAAGGAUUUACCAUUGGCAGACUUAUCUGGGUGCCACCAACAACCAGCGAACUAUAUUAUCUAAGAAUGAUGUUGACAGUCGUGAAAGGUCCAAAAUCUUAUGAAGACAUUCGUAAGGUGGGCGAGACAAUACAUGACUCUUUUAGGGAAGCAUGCUUUGCAAUGGGUUUCCUUGAGGAUGAUAGGGAAUAUAUUGGCGCUAUUAAAGAGGCCAGUCAGUGGGGUUCUGGUCAUUUUCUUAGAAAAUUGUUUGUCAUUAUGUUACUUUCUAGAACUAUAAGCAGACCGGUACAUGUUUGGAAUAAAAGUUGGAUAUUGUUAUCAAAUGAUUUGCAACUCAGUGAGGUGGAUUUGCAAAGUUUAACUUUAAUUGAGAUUGAAACCUUACUUCAGGCCAAUCGUAGAACCCUACACGAUUUCAAACCGAUUCCGUAUCCAAGUGAAUAUGUCCUUCAACAGCUGGGCAACCGCCUAAUCUAUGAGGAAAGAUCUUAUAAUGUUGCAGCCAUGAAAUCUGAAUUCCAAACACUUUACACUGCACUUACAGUCGCCUCAAGUGGAAUUGCUUCUCUAUUAUUACCUGGAGGUAGAACAGCUCAUUCAAAGUUUAAACUACCAAUGCCAACAUUGGAAAAUUCUACUUGCAAAAUAACAUUUGAUGAUGAAUAUGCCGAAUUACUUCGCCAAUCUAAGUUGAUUAUUUGGGAUGAGGCCCCUAUGGCAAGUAAAUUUUGUUUUGAAGCUCUUGAUAAAACAUUAAAAGAUGUCAUGAGUAGUUACGGCAACUCGGAACAAAUUUUUGGUGGGAAAGUUAUUGUUUUUGGUGGAGAUUUCCGACAUAUUUUGCCAGUCAUCCCUAGAGGGAUUCGAUCUAAUAUUGUUCACUCUACAAUUAAUGCAUCUUAUAUAUGGCAUUCGGUUGAGGUAUUGACCUUAACAAAAAAUAUGCGUCUUCAGGGGGGUCAAAGUGAUGAAGAGAAACGUGAUAUUUCUGAAUUUUCAAAAUGGCUAUUACAAUUAGGUGAAGGUAGGAUAUCUGAGCCCAAUGAUGGAUAUGCUGAUAUUGAAAUACCACCUGAUAUUUUAAUUCAAAACUUUGAUGAUCCUAUUGUUGCUAUCGUUGAUAGUACUUAUCCAUAUUUCAUGGAUAAUUACAAGUCUUACGACUACCUAAAGAUUCGGGCAAUUUUAGCAUCAACCAUCGAAGUUGUUGAUCAAAUUAAUGGUCACAUACUUCAAAUGCUACCAGGUGAAUCAAAAGAUUAUUAUAGUUCUAAUUCAGUUGAUCGGUCCGAGAUACAUGAUAAUAGCAUCAUUGAAGUCUUAAGUCCCGAAUUCCUUAGCUCACUACGCACUUUUGGUUUGCCUAACCAUCUUAUUACAUUAAAGGUGGGUUGCCCCAUAAUGCUAAUGCGGAACAUAGACCAAUCAGAAGGUUUGUGCAACGGCACUAGGCUCAUAGUUACAAAAAUGGAAAAUCAUGUCAUUGAAGCUCAAGUUAUGGGUGGAAAGGGCCAUGGCAAUGUAAUCUAUAUUCCAAGGAUGGAUACAUCUCCUUCACAAUCACCUUGGCCUUUCAAGUUGAAUAGAAGACAAUUUCCUAUUAUAGUAUCGUACGCAAUGACCAUCAAUAAAUCCCAAGGGCAAUCCUUGGAUUGGGUAGGACUUUACAUUCCAAAAGAUGUUUUUAGUCAUGGCCAAUUAUAUGUGGCAAUUUCAAGGGUAACAAGUAAAAAAGGGAUUAAAAUUUUGAUUCAUGAUGAUCAAAACAAAUCAAAGAGCUCAACCGCAAAUGUUGUCUACAAAGAGGUAUUCAGCAAUAUUUAG